AUGGAGAAUCCACAUGAACAAACUCACAAUAUGCUCCUAGCAAGAAUAAUAACCAACAUGGAGAAUUUGAAUGAAUCAGUAGUUGAAAUGAAAAAGUUACUAGGCGAUGCAAACAAGAACAAUUUGUCAACAGAGGUGUUGGCUAGGAUGUGGGAAAGUUAUAUACGGAAUGCUGAGUAUCAUUUACAAGCUACGGGACAAAGGGAGACUGCUCUAGCUGAAGAAGAGGAGGAAGAAGAAGAAGAAGAAAUGGAGGAAAGAGAAUAG